UUACACCGCUGGAGUCAUUGGUGUGUUCAGUCAUCACCUUGAGGUGGCACAGUGUUGUUUUGAGGAUUUGCACCUUACAAAGACGCAGCGAUGCCGCAGAAGAAAGUCACCAAAGUGAAGAGUACUAAGACGGGGUAAGAGCGCACAUUUAGACUCUUAAAGCAGCGUUGUCAUUCAGAGCUGCACUGGCCUGAACUUUGUGGUGUCAUUUUUUAAACAGGAAGGUAAAGAAAGACUCCAAACAGGAGCCAAAAGUGGACAGGGAGUCAGAUAUGGAGAAGGCCAGAACCAACGCGGCUCUCUGGGAGCUGAGGUUAAAGAUCGUAAAGCAAGACCACGCGGAGUUGUGGAAGUCCCACGACACGUUGGCACGCACAAACCAUCAGCUCAGGAGUCAACUGUACAGUGCUGAGAAAAAUUUAAUGGAUUUAACUGGAUAUUGGAUCAAGCAAGAUGAAGCUCAAAAGGAAGAGGUAUAGGGAGGAAGCAGCAGGUCUCUGUGUGAAAAAAAACUGAGGAGUUUAGUCGUUUUAAUAAAGUUUGACUUUCUGACAGAUUGAUAUGCUGCAGAGAAGCCUCAAAAGACAAGAGUUACUCGCCCGUGAAGAGCAAAACAAACUGGUGAGUUCGUUUCAAAACGCAGCCACAAGAAAAGACAUGCAUCUUCCACUCCGCCCAUAAAACACGGUUCAUAGUCGAAUAUUACGGCCACUGCAAUGAUUUAUCAUGCGCAACUCCAACCUGUAGCAUCCGAAAAAUGUGCUGCGCUGUGUCUUAGCAGCUGUCUGGUGUGUAAUUAUGCUGACAUUUAUUAUGUAAGAAAACAACAAGCAAACAAAGCGUCCAUAAAACAAACAAAAAAAGCCCUCACAUUCCGAGUAACAUGGUUUAAUGUUAUUUUAAUCUAUGUCGGUGGCCACAGAAUAAACGCGUAGCCUGAUUUGAAAGUGCUUGGCCGGGAAAAAGUCACACUGCUGGUCUUGAUGUGUUAACCAUACUUCACAUGUCACUCAGCCUUACUCUAAAAUACCAGUUAAAGUUACAUAACCCUACACACACCAAAGAGACUUAUUUUGAUUCCUUUUAUCCCCACUGACCUCUGCUCCUCCUUGUUAAAAUCAAGCUAUCAAACUGACAUGACAAAAUUCAAGUGGCUUUACUGGACAAAAUAAAGGGUAUACGAAAAGCUUUUGGUUCUUUUGCUAGCAGCUGUUUUCCAUCUUCCAGCUCUUACUUCAUGCUGGUAAAAAGAAGUCCAAUAAGAGGAGGAAAAUAAAGGCAUGGUCUGGACAAACUUGAAACAUCUCUAUUUUAGACAACUGUCACACAUGUCCAGUUACUGAGUGGAGAAAAAAAAAGUGUUUUGUGGUUGACUCUGAAGAUGUGACUUCAAGACGUUCAAGCCUCAUUAAAAGGUUCAUUCUAAAACUUAAAUUAGCUAAUGGAAACUGCUUCAUCACAAGCUCUGAAUGGCCUGCAUUUUCUCAAAAGAGAGGCAGAAGUGUUGAGAAAGUCGGUCAAGCAAAUAAUUAUACAAUAAAGGCUUUCCUAAGUUUAUUUUCUGCACUGCUUGAGAAAAAAGCCAAGUUUGGGCUACUUUAUUUUUUAAACUUUUUGAUACUCUGGCUAUCUGACAGAUCAGGCAGAUGAAAGAAAUAGGACUGUUUUGUCGAUUGAUGUAGACAGAGUUAUGUGAAGAAUAACGAUUAGGCCUUACGUUGUAAUCAGACGGUCGAUAACCUCUCAUUUAGUCGUCAUGUACAUGUUUGUGGGUGCUUGUUUUGCCAGUCUCUCAUGACUUUGGUCAUUUUGUCACAUUUUUGCUCUGGCUGGCUUCUCCACAGUAGCAUCUUGAGGUAUUUAGUCUGACUGAUCUGUGCUUAAGUUGGUUUUGCAGAAGAGCAUGGCCCGUGUGAACUUGGCUGUAAAAAUCCCCAAACUAUACAAGCUGCUGCUAUGGGAAUGUUGCUGUAUCUAUACAGAUGUGGCAUGCAUUGAGUAUGUGCCAUGUUUGUCAUUUUGGGUUUUUAAUGAUAUGAUUGGUUUUAACAGGUUGAAGAUUACACACUUCAAAUUAAUGAGAUGAAGGAACUGUUCAGGAAGAAGUCCAGCGACUUUGGCAUGAUUCAAGAAGAGAUGAGGAAAAUUAAGGCGUUUGAGAAAACAAAAUUGCUGAUGGAACAAGAGCUGAGUGAUGUAAAGAACAUUUUAGUCCCUACACAUAUUAUUAAAUGUUCCUUAUUAAAUUAUAAUGGGAUAUUCUCCAUUUUACCACUAUGGUGCCUUUUUUUGCAGAUCAGAGAAAGCAUGGAUGCAGCAAAUAAAGAGUACAGGGAAAAUCUAAACAAAAUGGAGUGUAAAUUCUUGAACGAAAAGGUAUUCUGAAGUCCCAAAUAAUAACUUGUAAAAUUUGCAGGUAGUUGUUAUUUUUCCUGCAAAACAUCUAGUAAGUUUUUCUCUUUACCUUACAGGCUCGACUAGAGAGUGAAACUGAGGAAAUGAUGGCCGCAGUGGUAAAAGGGGCUCACAAUGAAGCCAUCUUGUGAGUGUUUCCUUUAUCUCUUUGCAGUUUCAUUUUAUUCUUUACUCUUUUAACAGAUCUUUGAUGUGCUCAAAAUGAAAAGAAAAUGUGAUUUACUCAAACAAAAGUUUAUGUAUAUAAAUUUAUAUAUAGCCAGAACUAAAGUUAUUAUCUUGACCACACGGGUUGCUCAUGUUCAGAUAGUGUACAUCAGCAAAGCCAAUGAUCACAACUUUAUCCAGCCCAGAGGAGAGCGUAACUGGUGUGGAAAGCCAUAGUUUAUUCCCUUAGGAGCCAAAGGAUGUACAUUUCUGCUGUGUUUAGUUCUUUUUACAGCUCAUAAAAGUUUAACAUUGAUACUGGUGUGGUCCUGCUGGCUUGGUCAUCAUGUCUGUGAUUGAUUUAAUCUUAAACAUACUCAGAUUGCUUUUAAAGCUAAGCCACAUAUAAUUCAGGACAUUUAGUGCUGUGAUAUUUUAUUCACAGCCUGUGGUAUUUUCACUCAUGAAUAUGCGUCAAAUAUAGAGAAGAAAUAUCGCUGUUCUUGUAAAACUUAGUGCAAGUUUUGAUCAUGUUUUUCAUUUGUCCCGUAAACUGUUUAGGCAGUUGGACGACACCUCACGCUCUUUGUUCAGGGAGAACGUGCGUCUCUGUGAAUCACUGAAAUAUCACAUAAAGGAAGCAGAGAAUCUUCAGGAACUGAAUAACUCAUUGACAGAGGAAAAUGCAUCUCUGGCACUGAGCAAGGUGUGUUUGAACCAUUGAACAGUAAAUAAAAGUUUUACUAUUAGCCAGCGGUCGUGCUUGGAAAGACACCAUUCAUCUGUGUUUUCAAUCAUUUCAGUAAUGAAGCAUUUGUCAGAUCAGCGAAAAAUAUAUUUCAGGUGGAUUUUCCCCCUGUGUUGUUUACUUAUGCUGACCCUGUGUAUUUUGCUUGUGGUCCCACUCCAACACCCCCCCCACCACCUCCUGACUACUAUCCAGCCUCUCAGUGGUCAGUGGUUGUGGUGAGUUUCCACUGGUGGAUGGGUUCAAAUUUAGUGGCUUCUUCUUCACAGGUUUCUGGCACUAGCUCUUCAAGGCAAAUAAAUAUUGGGUGCAUUAAUCUUACCUGUGAUGAUUACAGUAAAUACAGAGAGUAAAUCCACCUUAUAGAAGCUUUGGCUGCUCACUCAACAGCACAGCAGCAAGCAUAUAAAGUGUGUCUACUUUGGCAUGAAAUUCAAAGUUUUUCCAGCGAGGGUUCAGUGUCAUCCAUCUAACUUUUUUGCUCUUCUGUCUACUCAUCCAGAACACAUAUAAGUUGACUGCAAAGAAGUAUGCAGCCCAGUUGGAGGCCCAGAAUGAGGAGAUUUCUCAACUGAAGGCCAAGGUAGCCUCAAUGGAGAAUGCCCUGGAGCUAAAAGCAUGUACAUCUGAGCGAGAGCUAGAGAAGGAAAAAGAGAAGACACAGGCCAGCCAGGUUGAGUUGAAGAGAUUGCAGAAAGUGCUUUUCAUGCGGGAGAGAGAAUUUGAGCACAUCAAGCAGCAGGCAAGUGUCAUGGUCCAGCAGCGCACUGAGCUGGGGGAGUUCUUCAGUGAGGCCCUGAGUCAGGUGAGGCAGGAGAUCAUUAGCAGCAGGCUGCAAUAUAAAAAGGAGGCUUUGCAGGCUUAUAAUAGGAGAAUGAGGGAGGCCACAGCAGGAAAGGUCAACUUCCCACCCAUCCGCACCUUUGAUCGGCGCCCCCACAGUACCAACUCCGUUUAUUCAGACAUGGAGGCAGCUUCACAGUGGUAAGUCGCCCUCACAUCAUUUCCAUGAGUCCCGCAACUAUCUCUGCAGUCACUACUCCACAUCUGAUCACACCUGAUCAACUCUGUUAGUGUUACAAAUUGCACUUUCAAUCCUUUUUAGGGUUAAAGUAUAUCUUAACCCAACUGCAAAUCUCAACUGAAUCUGCCAAUAAUACUGAAAGGGGAAACACGACUCUGGUUAUUUCCACUGGCUUCUUACCUCCCAGUCCACACAGGCACUGGCCAAUACCUGCUGGUUGUGUGUCUGUCAGUUGCAGGUGUGAAAACUGGUUUGCUGGAUCUUCCAUCUCAGAUCUCCCUACGAGAUACAUCCUGUCCCGUUUCCAGUGGUGGAGCUAGCGAGUACUGUGGAUCUCUACCCAUGCUGGUGCAGAUGGGUAGAGAUCCAUGUCAAGAUGACGUUUGUCAAGAUCAACUGAAGGACUUUUUAAAUUUAAAUAACAUUUUAUCAUUAUUUCAAUCUGGUUUUAGAAAGUGGCACAGCACUGUCACAGCUGCUCUUAAAGUUUUUAAUGAUUUUAUCCAGGCCCUGGACAAUAAAAAAUACUGUGUGGCUCUUUUUAUAGAUCUGUCAAAGGCAUUUGACACUGUGGACCAUAAUCUGCUUUUAAGUGUACUUCGGCAUAUUGGCCUAUCAAACCAAGCAACCUUGUGGUUUGCAGACAACCUAGACAGUAGGUCACAAUGCGUCCAGAUGGCUGGUUCUACUUCUACCUUUCUGAAGGUUUCUAAAGGUGUACCUCAAGGUUGAAUCUUGGGACCUAUUUUAUUCUCUAUUUAUAUUAACAACUUGUGUAUUAAUUUGUCAAAUGCCUGGUAUCACUUUUAUGCAGAUGACACUGUCAUUUAUUGUUGCUCAUCAUCAGUUAUCCAGACUUUUGAGUUUUUUGCAAUCUGCUUUUGAUGUUGUUCAAUCUCAACUGCAGAAACUCAAAUGGCCUUGAAUGCAAAUAAAUCCAAACUCAGUAUUUUCAAGCAAGAGUGAGUUACCUGGGAACAUUCCCUCUAUCCUAACUUCACAGGGUGUACCCAUUGAGCUUGUAUCUGUGUAUAAAUACCUGGGUUUUCUUGUUGAUCGCGAGCUUUCUUUCAAAGCACAUAUCGCUAGUUUGGUCACUAAACUCAGACUAAAACUAGGUUUCUACUACAGGAAUAAAUCCUGUUUCUCCCUCAGUGCUUGAAAAUACCUUGUAUCGGCUACUUUUCUUCCACAGUUGGAUUAUGGUGAUGUUAUAUGACUGCUUCAGCCAAAUGCCUGCAGUCCUUAAUUACUGUCUAUCACUGUGCGCUGAGAUUUGUUACUGGUUGUAGUCACCUUACACAUCAUUGGGAACUUUAUGCCAAGUCUGGCUGGCCUUCUCGGGGUACUUGCAGGUACACUCACUGGAUGACUCUAAUUUAUAAGGUUCUUCUUGGCUUAGCUCCUUCUUAUUUAUGUGAUCUUCUUCAAAGGACUGAAAGCCACUACUCCCUGCGCUCAAACAACACUAUCCAUUUGAUUGUUCUGCGAAUCAGAACUGAACCGGGCAAAAAAGUGUUCAGUUUUGUCGCCACUUCAGCAUAGAAUACUCUCCAGACUGACCUGAAAUUGUCAGAAUUAAUUUUGCUGAAGGCAUUUUGUUCAGUCUUACAUGACAGGCUUUGGGAGACCAUGGACCAGUGCCAGUGUUUUUAUUCAUGACGUGUUUUUUUAAAGAAUGGUGUCUUUCGGUUCACUUAAUGGUGACACUUUUUUUUCUUUAAAUGACAAUGUUUUUAACUAAUUCGUACUAAUUCAUCUUGUUUUGAAGGCCUCAUCAGCCAGGCAGCGAAGUUGAAAUCUCAGAUCUCACCUGGGAGCAGAAGGAACGAGUGCUCGAGCUUCUCUUUUCUAAAAUGAACGGAAAGACUGCGAGGUAAUAAAAAUAUAUCCUUAUUAGGCUUUGUUUGUCUUAGCCAGAGACUUACUGGUUCCUCAAAUGCACUGGUAAUCGCUAAAAAUGCACAGAAACUUCUGAAUCAGUUACCUCAGAUGAAUACAGCACAGUGACACCAAGCAAUAGUCCAGGCCAAACUUCUUGUGACUCCUCCCUCUUUUUAAUGUUUUAAACAGCCGUUUUCUCAGAAGAAGAGGAUACCAUAAAACAUCAGUUAGGCUUUAACCAAUUUUCUUUUCCAUCCAGCUGCUUAAAAAGAAUGAAGAAAGAGUCUGGGCACAAUAGUAAAAAUAGGCCCCGCCACAGAGUCGUGUGCUUGGAAACAAACAUCUGGUCACGUCGAUUUGCUUUCAGCUUAUUGGUCCCUCUUCACGUGCACUGGCUGUUUAUUUUGUUCUUUGAACACUUGUGGUCAGAGUGCAGCUGGUAACAUGAUUUUCAGAAAGGAGUGUGCAGGGGAUCUGGAUGUAUGGGGGUAUGGCAGGCAGAGAUGUAUAUUCAUGUUAACAGUGGUCUGGCACCUAGUCCACUGGAAUAACAGAGAGCAUUUGGCGACUCUUUAGAGCCCCUUAACAACAUCCAAGUCCAUGCGAAUCGUAUUGACCUGGAGUGACCUCCCUUUCCAAGACAGGGUGCAGGCCGGAGCGAAUAGACACCAGUGUGCUGGAACAUGACUUUUUACUCUGAGGACUCGCAUUUGACUGCAACUCUGCUUUUUCUGUGAUAGGAAAGUGAGCAACCAUGCGUUUUUGUCCGCUUCAUCUAAGAAGAAGAGCCUCGAGGGGAGCGAUGCUGCUGGGUAAGAAACUAAAGGAAUGUAGAAGAAUAAAAGUUUUACCUCAUCUUUGCAAUUAGGAGGCCUGUGCAGAUUUAUCGGUCCCACAUUCCAUGUUUAGCUUAGAAAGCAUGGGCUGUGUGAACAUAACUGCUAACAUGUGAUUUAUUAGACAGUUGCAUUUCAGCAUUGCAUAAUGAUGACUGUCUUGCAGAAUUAGAGAGGAGCAGUCCCCGGCCACCUUCAUCACAGAGGCGCCUGAGCCCGUUCUGCCCCCGAACCCAACCAGCUUACCGGAUAUACACACCACAUGACCUCUGUUUGGCCUCUGCAGAGCACAUCGAACUCUGGAUUGUUUGCCUUUGCUUUGUGUGCCUCCCACAGUGUCAAUCACGUAUACUGUGGAGCACACAGCUGUUUGUUUGUGCUCUUUAUAAAUAUCUUGCUGUGCAUCAAAACAUGACUCGUGACUAUA